ACGAAGAAUACGUGACAGAAUAACAAUUCGCACGACACUGGGAUUUAAAGGGGGCGUGGUUUCGCAGCCCGGAAGCAGUCUCUAAUUGGUUAGGCUCCACAAAAUUCAGUGAUAAAGACAACGGUGGCAUGUUGGUCUGGUCUCCACAUCACACAAUAGUUGACUCUAAAUGCUCUCGGCAUGCUCUUCUGGCAUAAACACAGCAUCGAGAAGUCCCUUGCUGAUCUGCCGAACUUCACACCCUUCCCUGAUGAGUGGACGGUGGAGGACAGGGUGUUGUUUGAGCAAGCGUUCAGUUUUCAUGGGAAGAGCUUCCAUCGAAUCCAGCAGAUGUUGCCAGACAAAUCCAUAUCCAGUCUUGUGAAGUACUACUAUUCGUGGAAGAAAACACGGUCCCGGACGAGCCUGAUGGACCGACAAGCACGAAAGCUGGCGAACCGGAGUAAUCCAGAUGAAAGGUCAUCUGAAGAGAUGGAAGACGCCAACCCUGUUGAGGCCAACGACAGCGACUAUGACCCUACGAAAGAGACCAAGAAGGAGAGUCCUGUAGAGCCUCCGAUGCUGAGCUCCAGAAUUGCUCUGGGACGGAGAGAGCACCAGACGCUGCAGCACCGUCACCACAGCCAGCGCUCCAGGUGCCGCCCUCCCAAAGGCAUGUACCUCACACAGGAGGACGUGGUGGCCGUGUCCAGCUGCUCCAGUGCUGCUAACUCUGUCCUGCAUCAGCUGGACAUGGAGCUGGUGUCCCUGAAGCGACAGGUUCAGAAUGCCAAGCAGUUAAACGGCGGACUGAAACAGAAGAUUGAAGAUGGAGUUGAUGACUUCAGACUGUCUGAGUGCACUCAAAAAAUGAAUGCCCGCUGGACAACAGAUGAGCAGCUUUUAGCAGUACAAGGAGUACGGAAACACAGGAAGGACUUCCAGGCUAUUGCUGAUGUGAUCGGGAAUAAAACGGAAUGGGAGACGGAGCAGGGAACCCCAAGCGGAGACUGUGCCAGCUCUGGGGAGGAUGUGAAGAACAGCAACAGAUCCUCAGGAAAGAGUACAGAUGAGGAAGAGGAAGAGUGCAGGGUUUCCACUUUCAGUGUGGCAAAAUGA